UUUUCACAAAUAACUUAUCAACUCUUGAUUAGAUAAGCAACACUAUCCCCCAAAAAAAUGAAUCUUACCAAAAACCUUGCUUCAUUUCUUUGUUUCUUUUUCGCAACCCUAGCCCUUUUUCAUAUGUGCCAUGCACAAAAUUCACCACAAGAUUAUGUUAAUGCCCACAAUGCUGCUAGGGCUGCCGUGGGUGUUGGAAACAUACAAUGGGAUGAUCAAGUGGCAGCCUUCGCCCAACAAUAUGCUAACCAAAGGAAGGCCGAUUGCGCCCUUCGACAUUCCGGUGGUGGUGGGCGCUACGGCGAAAAUAUUGCCGUCAGUAGCGGCUCUUCCAUGACUGGCACGGCUGCAGUGAAGUUGUGGGUUGAUGAGAAGGCUUUUUAUAACUAUAAUACCAAUACUUGUGCUUCUGGUAAGGUUUGUGGACACUAUACUCAAGUGGUUUGGCGUAAUUCAAAUCGUCUCGGAUGUGCUAGGGUUCAAUGUAACAAUGGAGGGGUUUUUGUGACUUGCAACUAUAGUCCACCAGGAAAUUAUAUUGGCCAAAAGCCUUAUUGAACGUGUUUUAGGAAAAAUGGUGACUCAAGUUACUUGGAAGCUUGAGAUAUAUAGCUCCUUUCAAACUUUUCGUCAUGUUUCUUAAAUAAAUUGUAUGAGCAUUUGGUAAUUUUCAUUUACAUAGGUACGUGGAAUGAAUCUCAUAUUCUAUACCUUGUUAUGCUUGUUGUCAGAUAUACAAAAUAAAAUAAAGUGUACUCAAGUUUUAUAAUUUAUUAUAUGAAUUGAAGUCAUGUGCAUUAGUGUAUCA